AUGUCAAAUUUGUCAAAAUUAGAGUUUGUGGCACUUGAUAUUUCUGGCAAUAAAUAUUUAUCAUGGAUACUCGAUGCUGAAAUUCACCUAGACGCUAAAGGUCUUGGUACCACCAUUACUAAGGAAAAUGCAGCAUCGAGUCAGAACAAAGCGAAGGCUAUGAUUUUUCUUCGUCAUCAUUUGGAUAAAGGAUUAAAGGCAGAGAAUUUGACAGUGAAAGAUCCACUUGAAUUGUGGACUGGUUUAAAGGAAAGGUAUGACCAACUUAAGGUAACGGUAUUGCCAAGGGCUCGUUAUGAUUGGAUAUACUUACGAUUACAGGACUUUAAAAUUGUAUGUGAAUAUGAUUCCGUUGUUUAUAAAAUAACUUCCCAAUUAAAAUUAUGUGGAGAAAAUAUAACAAAUGAGAAUAUGUUGGAAAAGACGCUUACUACUUUUCAUGCAUCAAAUCUGGUGUUACAACAACAAUACCGUGAAAGGGGAUUUAAAAAUUAUUCUAAUUUAAUCUCAUGCCUUCUUGUGGCUAAGCAACAUAAUACCAUAUUGUUGAAAAAUCAUGAAGCCCGUCCAACUGGAACUGCUCCUUUACUGGAAGCAAAUGUGUUAGAAGCACAUGGUCAGUCUGAAAGAAGACAAAAUAAAAAUUUGGAUCGUAAUAAUGCGUGUGGACGUGGCAAUGACAGAAAACGAUAUAAUAAUCAUCAUGGUAGUGGUCAUUAUAAAAGGGAGAACAAUAUGAGUUCUCAAAGUAAUACUUUAAGAAGCAACUAUCAUCGUUGUGGCAUGAAAGGUCAUUGGGAGAAUGAAUGUCGGACGCUUGAGCAUUUUGUCAGGCUUUAUCAAAAUUCCUUUAAACGAAAGGCAAAUAGAGGUGGUACAUCUUCUUCUAAUGCUCGGGUGGAAUCACACUUGACAUUUGAAAAAAUAAUGUUGAAGAAAAACCUUCGCAAAUGUACAAUGAUAAUAUUGAAGCAAAUUUGA